GUGUUUAUGUUUUUUCAAAAGGUUUUUCACAGUCACGUGCUUUGACUGAAGUAGAGGUUUAUCACCGCAACUGAUCCCAAGACAUGUCCGCCAAACCGGUGACCAAUUGGCGAGAGAAACAUAAACUCAUCAAAGAGUGGAAACAGAAGAAGAAGUUGAAGCAAAAGCAGAGGACAGACGCGUUGGCCACCGAUGGACAGACAUCUCAGACAACGGUUGUCGAUAACGGCGUGAAGACUGUGGACAGGGAUCAGCACCCGAUGGACACCAGUGUUGAUGAUAUGCGGGCGCCGGUGGCCAGUGAGGGGUCGAGUUGUGGCCGUAAAUGGACGGCCAGUAUAGCCGUUCCCUUCAGUAUCGUUGACAACGCGCAGUCACCGGAGCUGAAGGCCUACCUCUGCGGACAGAUAGCCAGAGCACUGGUAGUCUUCAAUGUGGACGAGAUUGUGGUGUUUGACGAGUACUCCAGACAGACGUCGGGUGUUGACGAGUCUUCAGACGAGUCCUUACUGUACGACAAGAGGAAGUCAGCGAUGAUUCAGAUGAUCCGUGUCUUACAAUACCUCGAAUGCCCGCAAUAUCUCCGCAAAUAUCUCUUUUCCAUACAAAAGGACUUACAGUUCGCCGGUCUUCUCAAUCCCUUGGAUUCGAUUCACCACUUGAAGACAUCGGAUGUCUGCCAAUACCGCGAGGGAGUCGUCACUAACCGGCCGGUGCGCGAGGGAAAGGGAUCCUACGUUUACAUCGGACUCCAGCGCGACGUCCAGAUCGACAAAUGCCUCAAACCUAACAUCCGGCUAACGGUGCGAUUGGACGACACGGGAGGUAACAAAAAACUCAAAGGCGUCGCAGUGUCGCCGUCGGAGCCCCGGGAGGUGUCCGGUCUCUACUGGGGGUAUACCAUACGGGCGGCCAAGUCGUUGUCGGCCGUGUUUACGGAGUCGCCGUUCCCCGGGGGCUAUGACCUCACGAUAGGCACGUCCGAUAGGGGCCAGUGUGUGGACAGUGCGCUGAGACAACUGCCCAAACGGUUCGACCAUUUGUUGGUAGUGUUCGGCGGGCUUAAGGGUCUGGAGGCGGCCCACGAUUCCGACGAA